UAUAAUCAAUUUAUGUUUAUUACAAGUUCUUAUAUGACGAUCAUUAUGUAGUCUUAUUUAGCCACUUGUUCAAGCAAACACGGCCUUUUUAAAUCGCAUUCAUGGCGUUUAUAAAACGCCUCGCUUGUGCGAUUACGAUCGGUCUCUUGAUCGCUUUUCACCUUCGUAUAGUCGAAAGCGCUGGAAAGAUUCAUCGUGCAGUACCACGACCAGCAUCGUAUUCAAAUGGUGCUUUCAACGAAGAAAUCUCUCGCGAUCUAUCGAGCGAUUACAAUCCUUGGUUUUAUGCGAUUAUCGGGACAUUGUUAGUUGGUCUCACGGGUAUAUUCCCUUUGUUGGUGUUCCCUGUAGAAGAAGGACACAAGCUCAGGGAAGGAGUGUCCGCAGAUAAACUGAAGCUUUUGUUGAGUUUUGCUGUUGGUGGAUUAUUGGGUGAUGUUUUUCUGCACUUGUUGCCAGAAGCAUAUGGUCCAGCCACUGCUGCACAUGACGAUUAUAUGCGAAUUGGUCUCUGGGUUCUCGGAGGCAUUUUAACAUUUCUCAUUUUGGAGAAAAUAUUCAUGGAUGAAGAAUCAGAAGCUGAAACAACUCAAUGCAAUGGUUUGUCAAAUGGAGCUUGCCAUGAGCCAAGUUUAGAAACUGAAAAUGCCUGUAAUGGCUCAAGUCAUGUUGGAAAUGGCUACAGCAAACACAAGGAAGAUUCAAAUGUGAGAAAAAGGAACAAAGAGUCAGAAAAUAAAAAUUCUGAUGAAACCAAAGAGUGUUCACAAAAAGAUAGUCAUGUUCCUUCAAAGGAAAAAGAGAUCAAGGUUGUUGGCUAUCUCAACCUUCUUGCAAAUUGCAUCGACAAUUUCACACAUGGUCUCGCUGUGUCUGGUAGUUUUCUCGUCAGCAGAAAGGUCGGCCUUCUUACAACAUUUGCAAUUCUAUUACACGAAAUUCCUCACGAGAUUGGUGAUUUUGCCAUUUUGCUCAAAGCUGGUUUUAGACGAUGGGACGCAGCCAGAGGCCAGAUCGUCACAGCUACGGGUGGUAUGGUCGGAGCAAUUUUUGGACUGGUCUUUACCGAAGCUGGUGAUUCGGCAAGUUGGGUUCUUCCCUUCACGUCUGGUGGUUUUAUUUAUAUUGCGUUAGUAACCAUUGUCCCCGAGUUGUUGGAAGAGAAACGACCAUGGGAAUCUAUGAAGCAAGUGGUAUGCCUCGUGGCUGGUAUCGCGUCUAUGGGCCUGGUGUCUCUAAUACACUGAGUUAUAAUAGAUUAUAUAAAUU